AAUACUUGUAUCUUGUGAUCAUAGAUAAUUUCUAGAUUUGUAUGCGAUAAAUUGGCAGAGUCCAUAUGGGAGUGGUUCAGAUGCUGUAUAAACGCAAUAUCUUUUAACAUACAUUUGAAAGCCUUUUGGAAAAUUUAAAGAAAAGAUGUCAUCCUUUGACUAUAUAAACUAAUCACUAAAGACUGCUAUGUAAAAUGGAGUUUGACAUGGACACAGGCGAUGGACUGAACAAUCCUAGACACCUCAGAGACACUGAAAAAGGAAGGAGAAAGAGGAAACACAGUGGAACCUCAGCCUUGUCUGCAGAGGAAAUUACAAGAAAUCUGCAAAAAUAUGGCGAAACAGUACUUCAUUGUGCAGUCCACAUUUCCAAGAAUAUCAGAGACUCUGAAAAUGGAUCAGUCCUCAAGUACAUAUGCGCCCUACUUAACUCUGGCGGGGGUAUCCUACACAUGCAGAAUCAGGACUAUGACACCAAGGUUCAGCCAAAAGACUUGGAUACAUGGUGGAGUGCUAUGGAAAAUAAAAUGGCAGACAUUAUAUCAGGGGAUGACAUUUGUAAUUAUUUUGAUAUGGUAGGCAACUAUGAUGAUAAAGAUUUGUAUCUGUUUGUUAAAACUGCUGAGCAUCUCUGUACUUUGGACUACUACUGUAGACUGCCAACAGACACAGCUACGCAUGAAGUAUCAUAUCACUCAACCAUGAAGCUUCUCAAAGCCUCUGGUGAACCAAGUGACCUAUGUGAUCUCCCACAUAUUCCAACAGAAUAUUGCUAUGGAGAGACACAUGAAUUCUUAAAACAAGAGACAAAACAGAUUCAGUUUAAACAAUUGUCAGCUCCCAGUAGUAGAGAUGGAAAAUCCCUUCCUUCCAAGAUAAAGUACACAGUUACCAGGUACAUUUCUGCAUUCGCAAACCACGAGGGUGGCCAUAUUUACUUUGGGAUAGAAGAUGUCAAGGCUGCAGUGCUUGGAGAAGAACUUUCUGAGGAGGAGCAGAAGAGGACAGUUGACCUGAUGGUUGCAAAGAUGCAGCCAGUUAUUUGGGGCAGUACUGAAUUUCAACCAAUCAGAGGCAAACAUUGGGAUAUUCAGUUUUUCCCUGUUCAGGGAUCCCCAAGACCGAUGGGUCGGCGAAUGGUGGUUGUGGUGUCUGUGUGUAAGUUUCCUGGUGGAGUGUUCACAUCAGUACCAGAGAGCUAUUAUGUUAAUGACUACGGAGGUGUUGAGGCUUGGUCAUUUAAGUUGUGGAAACAAGCACUUCUAUCUUCUCACAGAGACAAACCUGAGCUACACAACAGAUUUGUCAAGCUUGACUUAAAUGUACCUCAGGCCCCACUGGUAUUUACAUUGCAACAUACUGUUGAGGCCAUCAGAAACAAAUUGCUCCAAAAAAGCAAGAUUGAAUGGAUACAGCCAAGACAUGCCUUGGAUAUUAUAUCUGCUGCCCAUAAGAAGGAGUUUGUCCGAGAUACAUUAGAGCAGUACAGAGACAUUGAUCGGAUCUGUAUUGUUGUAAACUGCUGGGGUCUCCAAGUGACAUUACCUCCACCGAAAUGUGUUCUGUGUGAUGUCUUAAUCAUAAGCGAGUCUCAUGGGUGUCACCUCCUCACCUUCUCAGAUGUUGUAAACUGUAGGACACGAGAAUACGCUUCUUCAGUUGCUGCAUUCCUGAAAAGCCGACUGGUUCUACAUGGAGGCUGUACAGAUAAAUUUGGGGUUAUUUGUCAAGUUAUACCUGUCAAAGAAAAUACUAGUCAUCUAUACUCGAGCUGCACAAAAAAUUCUGACAUUUUAGAUGAAGAAGAUCUUUAUCCCUCACAUUUCAACAUGAACCCUUACAAGUUUAAUAACCUUAUCGGGUCUCUUAUUGUUUGUAUGGCAGCCUACAAACCUGUGGACUUCACUACACUGGCAGCAGGCAAUAGGGAAGAGGUAUUAGCCAACAUGUCGUACUUUUUCCUCCUGACAAGUGACCAGUUCGACCUGUUUUGGAGCCAGCAGUUCACCAAAGAACUGUGGAUACAUGGGCCGCCAGGGGCAGGCAAAACAGUGGCAGCUGUUCAAUUGAUUCAGGAACUCCGACGAAGGGGCAGUGGACAGCAGGAAGUCCUUUACCUAGCUGAAAAUGAAAUGCUGUGUUCAUAUGUAAGGUCAUUCAAUAUUUGUGAGGUCUGCACCAGACGGGAGUUUUUGAAGAAAAUCCAAACAGUGGAAAACAAGCAUGGUGCCUCAAAGAAAGCUUUUAGUUGUAUUAAAAAUGUCAUCGUGGAUGAAGCACAGAACUUCAAAGCAAGAGAUGGAGAUUGGUAUAAGUUGACCGAUGAACUCGUCAAUCAGGGCCAAAGCAUGGACAUGAAAAGCAAAUUUGCUCCUGAUGGGUAUUUCUGGGUUUUCAUGGACUAUUCCCAAAAAGUUCACAAAUUUGAAGCUGGCCUACCUUCAAUUGUUGGUAAAAACAACUUCAUGUUGAGUGAGGUUUCAAGAAAUUCAAAGGAAAUAUUUGAUUACGCUAUGACUUUUAUGGAUCCUGAAGAAAAACAAAAUGCAAACAUUAAAGUUGACAGUCUUAAAAAGGUUGAAUGUCUUCCAAAACUUGGUCAUGGAUAUUGCUCUGGACACAAUGUUGACAUUGUGUAUUGUAACUCCAGUGAAGUGAAUGAUACUGUCGCUAAGGUCUUGUCAUCUGUUCUCGGAAAAGGUGUGGAUAUACAGGAUGUUGCUAUACUGGUUGGCAGGCGUAAGGAUAAAGAAGUAAUGACUCCAUCUGUUAAAAGUUUUGUGGAGAGGUCAGGGAUCAAAGAUCCCAUUACCUUGGAUACUGUGAAGGGGUUUAGUGGCAUGGAUCGAUCAACUAUUAUAGGAGUGAAUCCACGAGUGAAUGAUGACCAUGCAGACUUCAAUAAGUACAUUCUGAGUUUAGCAACACGUGCAAGAGACAGCCUCGUUAUCAUCACACAGUUAGAAAAAAAUCAGGACAAGCUUUAUACAAAAGCCUCACAAGAUGUGUAAAAUGCAUAUCUACCUGAAAGUAUGAUAAGUAUAUUUAUUGAUUAUACAAAUUUACCAACAAUACAUGGGCAGCAUUCCAUAACACAGGUGAACAUUAGUGUGCUUUUUCUUAUAAAAUCAAUAGUACCUUGCUCAAUAUUUUUCUAUUUUAUAACAAGAGAUAAUACCACGUAUUAGAGAAUGUUUACUCUCCCUCCUAGAGUUAAUUCUACCCUAUUGACUGUUGUUCUUAUCUUUCGUUUCUAUGCACAUUUCGAUUUUUUGAAGUCACCUGAGUAUUUUGUUCAAGUUACCUAUUUCCAUCUGUCUUUAUCUGGUAUCCAUACAUUCUGUUUUUUGUUAUUGAUGAUAGCAACUAUAGCUUAUUACAGAGAGAUGAAUUGACAGGUGAUUGUUAAAAUAAAAACCCUCAUGGUCAAUGUUAUAUAACUUACUUGUACAACAGAAUAGUGCAGUGUACAAGUUUUAUGUUAUUUGUUGUAGAAUGUUUCUGGUUAAUAUAAAACUUUUUAAAAAUUUCUACUUGGUGCCAUACUUUACUGUA